AUGGCCCAGCCGCCCUGCAAGAAAUGCAAAAAGGCUGGGUUAGAAUGUUUUGAGAAAAGGCCUCUUAGAUGGGCGGAGGGUGCGACCUAUCGAGGGAAAAUGGGAACGUUGUCAGCCAAGAUCGCAUCAGUCCCUUCUACGGCAGUAGGGGGCAACUCCAGAACCACGUCGACAGGAGGCCAAACGCUUGCUAGGUCUAGAAAUCAGUCAGUCAUAGUUGGUACUGAACUGAAGGAUAGCAAAUGUGUAUGCAAGCUGUUCAUCAUGUAUGACAGCAACAAGAAUCCUCUCAGGAAUUUAAUACCUGCUGCUCUGGGCCAUCCUGUCUUGUUGAUGUCCAUUCUUGCUCUUUCGGCGCGGCACAAGGCAAAUGCAGCUCGAACGUUCUAUCAGUCUGAAUCAGCAACACAUUCCGGACUUGGAUUGCAGGAUGCCAGCUACAACGCUCUUCAGUUCAAAUAUAAUGCGAUACAAGGACUCUCAAGGGCGCUGGGGACUGCAAGGCCAUCCCAAAAAGAUAUAAUAGUUGCCAGCGCGUUCCUCCUGAUCUUUCUCGAUCUCCUGGAGUCCGGAAGCGACAAGUGGAAUUUUCAUCUAGAAGGCAUCAAGAGCUUAAUGGCCCAAUUCCCAGCAUCCCAGGCGCCACGUACGAUGACUUCGCAAGAUAUGGGAACCACCGUCCAAGGAUUACGUGACUUCAUCCUCAGACAGAUUUACUUGUACGAAGUAAGGAUGAUGCUUGAUUCUACGCAGAGCUUUGACUGCCACACCUGGGCCUCGGGCUUACUCCAGCCUCAUUCGUUGACCCGGCCCCUUGGAAUGCUCGACAUGGUGGCGCAGUCGUAUAAGUUUGGCGCUCUGAUAUAUGGCAGACGCGUUUUGGAUGCUCUGACUGGAGACACGAGUUCGCAACACGAUCUCGUUUGUGACUUGAUCCGUGUAAUUGACGCUCUUAGGAGCAGUGAUUCCCUGUUCAAGUGCAUCCUGUGGCCUUUGUUUGUUGCGGGAUUGGAAUCCCAACAGGGAGCUCACAGACACUUCGUGGCUGGUUGUCUUGAAAAGUUUUGGUUCGAAACCAAAUGCUUAAAUGCGGUUAAUGCUGGGAUUAUUUUGCGAAGGUUCUGGAAGCGGCAAGAUUCCGGAGACAUAUCCUCAUCCCAGUGGAUAUUCAAUAUAGGUCAAGUAGAAGGUGACUGGCUCCUUAUAUAG